UCAAGUUUCGGUGAACCCACGACUAUAAAUAUACGUCGCCGGAAACGAAACGCCCUCUUUUAGUGAUCCAACAUGGCGGACCAGGGUGAGAAGAAGGAGAACCCCAUGCGAGAGGUCCGCAUUCGCAAGCUCUGCUUGAACAUUUGCGUCGGAGAGAGCGGAGACAGACUGACCAGAGCUGCCAAGGUGCUGGAGCAGCUCACAGGGCAGACCCCUGUCUUCUCCAAGGCCCGCUACACUGUGAGAUCCUUCGGUAUUCGCAGAAAUGAAAAGAUUGCUGUCCACUGCACCGUCCGUGGAGCCAAAGCAGAGGAGAUCCUGGAGAAGGGACUCAAGGUGCGUGAGUACGAGUUGAGAAAGAACAACUUCUCCGACACCGGAAACUUUGGCUUCGGCAUCCAGGAGCACAUCGAUCUGGGCAUCAAGUACGACCCCAGCAUCGGCAUCUACGGUCUGGACUUCUAUGUGGUUCUGGGCAGACCCGGCUUCAGCAUCGCUGACAAGAAGCGGAAAAGGGGCCGCAUCGGUUUCAAGCACCGCAUCCGCAAAGAGGAGUCCAUGCGCUGGUUCCAGCAGAAAUACGAUGGCAUCAUCCUCCCCGGCAAGUAAAGGACCACCUUUUGAUCUUGUUUGUAACAAAGUAAUAAAAUGGAAAAAAUAA